CUUUUUCUGCACAAUAAAUCUUGCUGAGUGCAAUGCUGCUGUUUGUUCAAAUGUGGUGAAGGCUCUUGUGAAUGCAGCUGUACUGAGCAUGUGAAGCUAAGUGCAAGGACAAUCUACAAGACCAUAAUUAUCAUGGAAACGAUGGAAAUUGAUGACCACUUUGAUGGCAAUAUGUAUAAGAACCUCAUGAUUCAAGAAGAACAUCUUCACAGAAGAAAUAAGUCAUCCAGAUGCUCAACCAUUUGCUUGGUCUUUCUAUGUGCUGUCCUAUUGGCUGGUAAUGUAGGACAAAUUAUCUUCUAUGAGAUAGUCAGUCGUCCUGCAACAACAAACACAACACAGGCCAAUAAUGACAUCCAGAUUAAUGAGGGGAACAGAUGGAGUUACAAUCAAGAUGGUUUAACUGUUGAAAAAGAUUACUUACAAAUCAUACUGAGUAACCUGACUAAAGAAAAAGACCAGCUGCAGCAACAUUACAAGUCUCUGACAACCGAAAGGGAUGAAUUGGAGGCCAUUUUCAAGACCGUGACAAAAGAGAGGGACCAGUUCAGAUCAAAUUACAAUACUUUACAACAAGAGAGUGCUCAGUUACAGACAAGCUAUAAUGACAUGCAGAAGAGUCUUGAAGGGUUACAGAGUGAUCGCAACAAUCUGACUGUUAGCAUAGACCAGUUGCAGACUGAAAACAGUAACCUACACAGAGAAAAGAAUGAGCUGCAAACACAUUUUAAUGCACUUGCAGCAAACAGAGAUCAGUUAGAGAGCAAUUACUCUUCACUGAGGAGUGACAGGAUCCAGUUGCAAAAUAGCCUUAUCAAGCUCCAUAUAAAUAAAAGUCAAAUGGAGUCGAGCUAUAGGUCACUUUGGCAAGACAAGAACCAAAUGCAAACAAGGAUUAGCACUCUGAUGGAGGAGAUGGCACAGUUAGAAACCAAAUACAGCAAUCUGGCUACAGACAAGGAUCAGUUGCAAAAACAUAUUGAUAAGAUAACUCUUAAAGUAGAAGGCAUGCUCUGUCCACCAAGCUGGAGGAAGUUUGAUACAAGCUGUUAUUUUGUUUCAAGUGAAAAGAAAAACUGGACAGAAAGCAGAAAAGCCUGCAUUGCUGAGGGAGCAGAUCUGACUGUCAUAAACAGCCAUGGAGAACAGGUAUUUGUUAAUGGAUUACUGUUUGCACAUGAAAAUGCAUGGAUUGGUCUCACUGACAGUCUCAUCGAAGGGACUUGGAUGUGGGUGGAUGGGUCCCCAAUCAAUGAAACGUACUGGCAAGUUGGGCAACCCAAUGGCUACACUGGUGACCAGGAUUGUGGAGAAUUUGUGCAAGCAUCACCACAAGGCGUAUGGAAUGACGAUGGCUGUUUUGCAAAGCAGAUCUGGAUCUGUGAGAAAUGAGGCUACAGCAUUUUACACUGUCAACGAAAGGUGUUUGGCAAUGCUCUCUAGCUGUGAGCCAAUUAUCCAGAUCAAUGUAAAUUUUUAGCUUUUAACUCUUGGGAUAUUUUCAUUAAUUACUAUUUACUGAGUGAACAUAACUUGUAUAGAAAAGAUCUUGUUAGAUCAUGCAUAUUUUGAGAUUUUUUUUGUAAAAUUUGCCAUUUUAUUAAGAAUUCAAAUGGAUAUUAAUGUCUUAUAUUAACUGUAUAUGUAAUGGUACUAUUUUCUUCUGGAGCAACUGCACAAUAUUGGUGAGAUGUUCGCUGGCAAAACAUUAUUUACUUUUAUUAAGCAUAGUAUCAUUAAUAGUCUUUAUCAUAUGCAAAAAUGGAAAUUAAACAGUUGUAUGUUUAAAUCAAACUACAUAUAAUGAACUACUAGUUGGGUACAAUCUUAAAAAAUAACUCAUUGCUCUUUAUAUAGAAGCUCUUUGCCUGCAGUUCAAAACAUUGAAAAAUAAAUAAAGGAUUGCAUAAUUCUUCAAUUUCAAGUUUUCAAAAUUGUCUUAUAGCUACGUACAUAAACUGGAAGACAUGCCCAGAUUUUUCACCACAUAAAACUGUCACAAAUCUCAUAAUUUGUACACAAAAACAUCAAUAAGGAGGUAGGAGGGAAGCAGUAGAGAAAUAUGUGUUGUCAU